AUGUGCAGCAAUGACUUGUGCUAGUGUUGCAUCAGCUGUUAGCUAAAAAGAUUGCGAUUAAGGUUGCUGGAUGUUAUUAUUAUGCAGAAAUGUAAUAAAUCUUUUUUUACAUGUCCAGCAUCUUUCUCAGCAAAUUUAGAUUUGAACGCUGAUACAAAGAAUGCAAAGUAUUGUAAAUCUGUUAAUGAAACAAGCAAAGGUUAUAGUGAAAUAAAUCCAGUUGGUACAGCUUGUCAAACCAUAGCUAGCUAAUGCUGGUUGUGCAUUAGAAAUAGGUUUUGGAAAAUAAUGGACAGCUGCAAACUUUGAUGGAGUUGGUUUGACCACUGAUACAUUUUGCGUAACUUAAUCAACUCUUGAUAAGUUGAAGUUUUGUAUUAAAAAGGAUGCAACUGCCUGUUAACCAGGAACAUGUGAAGAUAUCCCAUCACCAGCAAAUAAAUAGAUUAUGAUUUGCAUUUAAAGUAAUUUUAUUUUAUAAAUUAAAAUAUUAAGAUAAUAAUGA